AAGCAGACAUGUUUGCAGGGCUAGUUUUUGCAGCACGCAUGUACAGCUGUUCCUGGUACUGAAAGAGGAUGUACCUUUUCUGGGGUACGCAGUUGCAUGCGUUUGAAACCACAGCUCAAUCAGAUUUUACUCAACCAACGAAGAAAAACAGAAGGUAUAUGGAGGAUGGUAACAUUUUCAUGACCUGAUUUCAACAGGAAGUGACUGAGACAAAGAAGUAAGCAUUUCAUUGAGCACAACUUUGUGCUCAAGGCUUUAAGAAUCACAUGAAAUUUGUCAAAUGAAACUACAAGUUACAGUUUUCAACAACAAAAAUGGAGCAAAAUAUUGUGGAUUUGCUUAAGGAUGCAUUUUCAGAAAUUGAUUUUGAGCAUCCACCGUCAGACGAGGACAAGAACACUUCACAAACAGCGCUAGUUAUGGAUGAGGAUAUAGAAGAUGUGAUUAAUGCUAGUAAACUCUGGACUUCAGAACAAGGUUCAGAUGAGAAUUUCACUACUGUUUAUAAACAAGAAGAAAAUGAAGCAAGCUCUGAUAUCUGUGAGAAUGAGUCAAGUGUUUUAUUGUCUAUCAACACACAGGCUACAUAUUGUUUCUCUCAUGAUGAAAUAAAUAAUGAUCGGGUUGUAAACAUGAUGAUGGCAGAAGCACAACAACUAAACCAUGCAGCUGGAGAGUGUACUGCAGAGGAAGGAAACAUGCAAAGUGACAUAGAAGCAGAUGUUUCUGAAAAGGAUCUCACAGAGGAGGAACAUAUUGAAACGUUGAAUGUAGAAUAUGAGCCACAGAUGUCACCUCCAAUGUCCAGAGAGUGUCAAACACCUGAAGAGAUGUCAUUCAGUUCGGAUGAAGAAUUACCAAAGAACUACAGCACGACCCGAUCUGAAUCUGUUGAUAAGAAGGAGGAAUCUUUCCUUGCAACGAGUCCAAAUAUCCCUGACAAAAAUGUCAAAGAUGAUAUGAAAGAGUUUACAGAGGAAGAUCAAGAACACAUCGAGGAAAGCCUUGCAGAUUAUCCAUCGGAUUUAUCACACAGUGAAAGUGAAGAACCUGCUGAAAACGCUACAGCGCAGCCGUUCACCCGAACAGGCCUCAGCCCUAGUGAUAAUCACGCCACAAACAUGAUAGAAGAGGUGGUCGAUGCAGAACAUGUGAACUUGCAAAACAAAGACAGUCCUGACCUGGAUUAUAAUUCUGGAAUUAAGGGCGUGGAGGUUGAGCUGAUCUCUGCAUCAGUAGAUGUUGAUCUGUCUUUCCAGAGAGGGAGCUUUGAUGAAGAUGAUGUACAAGAAUAUUUAACAAAUGAUAUAAAGACAGAGGAAGAUGUAAAGAAUAUGGAGGAUGCUGGAGAUCUAAGUGAUGUUAGUGAUCAAACAGACAACAUCAGUGAGAGUAGCAGUGACGAUCGAAGCUCAAGCCGAGAAGAAACGAAAUUUCUCUCAUCAGUAAAGCAGGAAGAGGAAAAGAAUCAUGUUACACAGUAUAACUACUCAACAGAGGACAUGCUGAGGAUGGAUAAUGAUAUUGGUUACAUAUGUAAAAACACAGGGGACUUGGAUGCUCUCAGUUCUGAGAAAAAGGACGUGAAGCAGUUAUUAUUCUGGGAAAGUGGCUUCACAAACCCAAGCUCAUGUUAUGAGGAAUCCAGUACCGAGCUAUGCCAUAGCAUAGAACCAGUCCAAUCAGACACAGCCCUAAAAGACCAUGAAGUAUCAUCUCCAGAGGCUUCAGAUAAUGUAGAGGACACCAAAAAUGCAAUAACUGAUGUUUUGUGGACCUCAUCACUGCUCCUGGAUGAAGACAACCUGCACAUAGAAGAGUACGACUGGGAUUUGACUGGUGAAGAUUCAUUUGCAAUCAAUUCAGUCGAAGGAGAAAACCAAGAAAAUGAAGAAGACUUAGACAUGGAAGAGUUAGACAUUGAUGACAAUGAGGAAGAGAACGAGAGGGACUGGGAGCUGGAGAAAACUAGAAUUGAGGCAUUUUAUCAGUUCUAUGGAGAUCAGGCUGAGCCAGAUGGUGAAGUGGGCAGGAACCCUAAGGUUUCCUUUCUUUUGGAUCAGGAAUCUUCAUCAUCAGAACGUGAAGAGGAUUCUGACAGUACUGAAGAGGAACUGGACUCAGAUCUAAACAUACCAGAUCUCAACACAUCAAAACCAGAGUAUCACAGCGAGUCAGAUGAUGACCCCCUGGAGAACCCUUACUACCUUGAGAGGUCAAAGCUGCAACCAAAGGAACAGCAACCUGUGAAUGUACCGGUGAAGCAACCUCCCCAGAGAAACAAGUGUCUUGCUGUGCUGAAGUCCACCUUAGCGUUUGGCCUUCUGACAGCAAUAGGCGUCGUAUCAUUCUGGUGGGCAACAGAAAACAUGGAACGGAGUUACUGAUUCUCAACUUAUUGUUCCUGGUUGAGAAAACAAAAACGUGAAUCAGCAUUAUACUGAUUAUAUAAUAUAUUAUAUUAUGUAAAUGUGUGUCUUACCUUUUGGGUGUAGUUAUAAAGGCAAAAUGGGAUGUUUUCUGAAAUAGUUUAGUAAUGUAUGUAAAAUAGACAGUAGGCAAAUUCAGUGUACUUUGGACCAACUUUAUUUCUCAUUAAUAUUGCAGCUUUCCAACAUGCUCUAGAAAAAAAACAUUUUAAAUGUUAUAAAAAGUUUUUUUGCCUUAACAUAAUAGCUCUUGGUCACUUUUAGUGCCACCGGUUUGGGCAUCAAAGAAAAGAUUUUAGUUUGAAUGCAAGACGUUUUUAGUAUUAUCUACUGGCACAGAAUCCUGUAAUACCGAUAUCACUGAAGUCAGACUCCUCUAAACAUGCCAUGCAGUUAGUGUAAAAACCUUUACUGGGACUGGAAUACUUCGAGGGGUCUUUAGUAACGCAUAAUGUAUGAUUAGUUGUGUCAUUACUAUGAAACCAAAAUUCGUUGCAUGUGGACUAAAACUUAGGUCUGAAAGCUUUGCUUGUAUGAUUAUGCUAAUAAUAAUGCUUUUACUUACAGAAUGUGGAAUGUUGGUAUAUAUAUCACAAGCUGCCAGUCAAAAGUAUGUUAACCACUCUUUCUUACAGGUUUUUUUUAUGUAUUUAUAACAAUAAAUAUAAGACGUUUACUUGAAUGAUGAGUAACCUUUGAUCAGAUUGGAAUUUCGAUACAGAUUGGCAUGGUGUUGCUUCUAAGUUAAUCCAGAUAAUGAUUAUAAUAAACAUUGAAUGUAAAAUGUAAACAUUUUUGCCUGUAAAAACUCCUGUAAGUGUAUCAAUAAAAAUAAAGUACAUGCUAGAUUUAUAAAUA